CCCAAACACGAGAGUCUAUAACAUGAUUUCAUUCAAACGCAAGCGAGAUUUGAGGAAUCUUCAAGUAUAUUAAAAAUAUCCCGAUUUCUACCACAUGGGAGAAUAUAAAGUUCAAGAAAGUGGCUCUGCUUUUUAUCACUACACACAAAAAUGAAUACAGAUACGAAUGGUGAUCUUAUUAAAAAAUUAGAUAUGGAAAACGAUUCUAGUUCAGAUGAUGAUACAGAUGAUUCCUGCGAAGACGAACAGGAUGCCGCUACUUCUAACGGGCACAGAUCUACCAGAGAAAUACAAUGGUGUCGAGUACGACCACAUAGAAAAAAAGUGGUAUGGCCACCUCCUUCGAACUCCACGCCAUCUACUUCUACUCACCUCAAACGAAUAACAGCGGGUAAUUUAUCUACAGGAAGUCCCUUGUUUGGAUCCAAGAUGCAACUAUUUUCUCAAACUGGUUAUCAUUUAGCUGUAUAUCCGGAUGGAAAAAUAAGAGGAACACCAGAUGAAAACGACCUCCACACUUUUUUGGAAUUGACAUCUGCUGGUUAUCCAGGACAUGUACGAAUAAAAGCUUUAUUAACAAAUUUGUAUAUAGCUAUGGAUAGAAGAGGAAAGCUUUAUGGAGAAGCAGAUCCAAUGAUGGAGCCUACAGUAUUUAUAGAAUCAUUCCAAGGCUCUUACACGGUGUAUCUAUCUAGAAAAUAUGCCCAUAAUGGUUGGUACAUCGGUAUACAAAAGAACGGUAAAAUUAAAAAAGGACCAAGAACCGGUUAUGGGCAAAAAGCUAUCAAAUUUUUACCAAGAAGAUCAAGAUUUACAAUAUUUUUCACUAUAUCAACCAUAAUGAAUAAGGAUGGUCAGCCAUUUUCGAAUCACGUACGACUUUGGAGCCAAACUGGAUAUAACUUGACCAUAAGGUCUACUGGACAAAUUAUUGGUACAGAUGAUGAUUCGGAUCUAGAUAGUUUAAUAGAAAUAACUUCAGGAGGAGAUGUCAGUUUAGUACGAUUAAGAGGAAUUAAUUCCCAGUUAUACGUAUGUUUCGAUCAUAAUGGUCAUUUAUAUGGAGAGAAAAAUCCAGAAAACGAAGGUACUAUAUUCAAAGAAGCAUUUAGUGCAUCUUAUACUACAUUCCAAACACAACUCGAUUCCAAAGAAUGGUUUAUAGGGAUUAAAAAAAAUGGACAACCAAAAAAAGGUCAACGAACUGAAGAUGGACAAAAAGCUGUUCGGUUUUUACCUCGUAGAUAACAUGAAAUUUUGUAUUACUCAAUUUAUAUUUUAUUUGUAUGUAUAUUUUUUUAGCUUGAUUAAAUAUAUACUUAUUUGAAUAAAA